AUUAAACUAAACCUAAGGGGCAGGAUCUCUAACUACGGGCUAAAUCUCCCGUCAGCAUCCUUUUGACAGGCUUCCCUCUCUAUAUAUUCCAUGCAUGAUAUCCCCUUACUUGCAUCGCAUCAAUCAAGCUCUCUCUUUUUUUGAAGAAAAAUAAAAUAAUUAAAAAAAAAAUUUGUAAUAAAUCCCAUAUCUGAAUUUUACUUGUUUCUUCUGCCGAAAAUGAUAAAAACGAAAGUGGAGAGUCUCUGGCUUUUAGCUCUGAUUUCCAAAUGCGAAUCCCUCACUCCCCAAAACACCAUAAUCCUGGCAUUCCUCUUCCUGCUCUCCUGCCUCAUCCUCCACCUCACCUUCUGGGCCCACCCUGGCGGCCCUGCUUGGGGCAAGCACAAAUGGACCCUUAAGCCUAAAACAUCACCACCAAUCCCAGGCCCACGGGGACUCCCACUCAUAGGCAGCAUGGGCCUCAUGUCCGGUCUGGCCCACCGCCACAUAGCAGCAGCGGCCCAGGCCCACAAGGCCCAUCGUCUCAUGUCCUUCAGCCUGGGCCAAACACGCGUCAUCGUCACGGGCGACCCGGAGGUGGCUAAAGAUAUCCUCAACAGCCCGGCCUUCUGCGACCGCCCGGCCAAGGAGUCCGCCUACCGCCUCAUGUUCAACCGCUCCAUCGGAUUCGCACCGUACGGCGCCUACUGGGCGGCUCUCCGGCGGAUCUCGGCCGCCCACCUGUUCUGCCCGCGCCAGAUCCGGGCCUCCGAGCAGAAGCGCGCGGAGAUAGCGAGCCAGCUCGUGGGGGUGCUGGCCGGGUCGGCCCGCUCGCCAGCAGGGUUCCGAGUCCGGGACGUGCUGAAACUUGCAUCGCUGAACAACAUGAUGUGGUCCGUUUUCGGGAGGAGUUACGGACUCGGGUCGGUCAACCCGGAAACAGAGGAGCUUAGGGAUUUGGUGGAUGAAGGGUACGAUUUGCUGGGGAAAUUGAAUUGGUCGGAUCAUAUUCAUAUUCCCUUUGUGGCAGAUUUGGAUCUGCAGAGGAUCCGGUUCAGGUGCAGCCGGAUCGUUCCCCGGGUGAACCGGUUUGUGGGUCAGAUAAUCGCAGAGCACAAAAAGCUGGAGAAAUGCAGCGGCGGCGAUUUCGUGGAUGUUCUGCUGUCGCUUAAAGGGGCUGAUAGAUUGUCGGAUUCUGACAUGAUCUCGGUGCUUUGGGAAAUGAUAUUCAGGGGUACAGACACAGUGGCAGUUGUAAUAGAGUGGAUAUUGGCAAGAUUAGUAUUGCACCCUGAUGUUCAGCUGAAGGUCCAUGGUGAGCUAGACCAGGUGGUGGGCCGAUCAGGUGUGGUAACGGAAUCGCAUCUGACGGAGCUUGUUUACUUAACGGCAGUAGUGAAAGAAGUGCUGAGGAUGCAUCCCCCGGGCCCACUUCUCUCAUGGUCUCGCCUUUCAAUAACAGAUGCUAUAGUCGACGGACAUCACGUGCCCUCUGCCACCACCGCCAUCGUCAAUAUGUGGGCCAUCAUGAGAGAUCCCAAAGUUUGGGCCGACCCACUCACAUUCAAUCCAGACAGGUUUCUGGCCCAAACUCCAAUUGCUGAACAGUUCUCGCUCUUAGGCUCCGAUUUGAGGAUCGCACCUUUUGGGUCAGGCCGCAGGUCAUGUCCCGCCAAAACACUGGCCAUCACUACCGUUACCUUUUGGGUGGCUACGCUCUUACACCAAUUUCAAUUUCUGGGCGAUGUUGACUUGUCCGAGGUAUUGAAGUUGUCCUGUGAAAUGGCUAACCCGCUUGUGGUCAAGGUCCGACCAAGGCGUGCUGGUGUAUAGUUUUCACUAUCACUGUUCAAACAAAAUAAAUGAAAUAAACAGCUAAGAGUGAUGGAAAGAUAAAUUAAAUAAUACCAGGAGGUUUAGACUGCCUGGCUGGAUUGUGAUACACAAUAUAGUCUAUAAAUAUGUUUGUAGUAAUAAAAAUAUAUGUGAUGUGCCUCAUUUUCCUUUAAUAUUUGUGAAUGUGAUGUUGUAGACUUUGGAUAUUUCCUUCUCUCUUUGUCAACGCUUCACAUGAUGUUAUUCCGCUGUGUUUAUAAUGUGAGG